AUGUCUAUUUAUAAUACAGCAGCAGGAACCAUAGCUUCUUCUUCUUCAAUUCAUCAAACAUCUUAUCCUUUAAGACAUGAAAUUAGCGAUAAUGGUAUUGCUGCUGCUAAAUCAAAGAAAUUCCAUCUUUACCUACAUGGAUUUCACUUCACAUUAGUAACUGACCAUACUGCAUUAACUUAUUUAAAUAAUAUGUCAAAUCCAACUGAUAGAAUAGCAAG